UCGCUGAACCAACCUCUCCUCGGUGGUUACCCAUGGCCACCGACUAAGCGUCUACAAGCAGAGAAGAGUGUAAACAAAGUGAGUGAUGGCUGUUAAACAAACGUGACGUUAGGGUAGAACAGGUAAACAGUUUCCAAUGAGACCGAGGUGGUUUGCGGUUUUGAACCUUUGUUUUAACUCACUGAAGUGCUGAAGUGUUGCAUUUGCAAACGAGACUGUCUUUGUGACACAAGGAAAAGCCAUUUCUAUUUCUUUCCUUUUCAAGGUUGCAUGGACGUACGUAAGUUUGAUUUAAAACGACGUAUUUUGUCCGGUAUCGAGGCGGGCGGAGGGGAAGCAGAUUAUUUCUGCGUUAUAUAACAGAAAGAUGGAAGAUGAGGGGUCUGUUUCUCCCAUGUUACACUUGGAUCUGUAUAAUUUUGAAUCUUCCGAAGCGGAGAAGAGCAGGUACGUUCUGACUAGCCCGAGAUCGCUGGAAGCGUGUGCUAGGAUAGGAUUGAGACCUGUAGAACUUUUGCACAAACCGUUGUCCGAGUUUGUGGAUGAAAAUCCAGACACCCCACUGAGAACUGUCACUGAACUCUAUGAAUUGCAUGAAAAGCAACGUAGGAGAGAAUUACGCGAUUGCAGAGAGGAGAGGCUGAAAAUUAUAGAGGAGGAAAAGGAAGGUAGAACCCCUAUACCAACCAGCGUGCCAGUGUCUACCAUUCAGAAAAACACAACGCUGGUUUCAGAGACCAAAGAAGAAGAUAAAGUUAAUAACAGUUCUGAAUCACUUGGGAGAAACAGGUCUUCAGAAUGGACAAGAAACAAUAACGACAAGUCAGAAGCUAGCAAAAAGUCACCCUCCUCAGAUUAUAAAGCACAAAAGCUGGCCAAAGUGGAAUUGAAAAACACAGGUGUUCCGGGCUAUGUGGGCACCAGCUUGAGCCUGGGGGAUCUGAGCCAUUACCCUGCCACUGAGAAGAAACUGCAGAAACUUUUGAUGGCCGUCAGGAGGGAAACCUGCGUAUCGGUCCCUGAGAGGGACAGAAAAAUUGCCGCUUUGAUGCUUGCCAAGCACGAGGAGAAGAAAUCACGGCAGCAGCUUAGACUAAGAACUGAGCAGCUCUGGGAGGAGGGGAAGAGGAAGGAGAGGCUGCAGAAGGCGAGGGAGGAGAGGGAGAGGAGGCAGCAACUGGGCCGCAGCAUGGAGCGCUGGCAGCGGGAGCUGGCGGCGCGGAAGAGCCAGGUGCAGCUUAAGGAGGCGCUGCUGGCAGAGGAGAGAGAGAGAGCGGCCGCCCUGCACCGGGACAAGUGGCACAGGCUGGCAGCGGAGCAGGAGGCCAGGAGGCUGGAGAAGAUCGAGGGAGCCAGGUAUGAAGCAGACUGCAAGAAGCGCUACCAGGAGCAGCUGCUGAGGGAGAAGGAGCAGGACGAGGAGGCAGUCAGGGAGAAGCAGUGCCAGGAGGUGCAGGAGAAGAUCUUCCGGGCCUCCCAGAGCAAGCUGCUGAAGGAGAUGAAGGAGAGGGAGAAGAUCCAGCAGGAGAACCGACACGAGAAGCUGAAGCACCUGCUCCUCAAGAGGGAGGUGGAGGAGCAGGCCAAAGCAGAGGAGCUCCUCAAGAGGACGGCCCUGGAGAAGAAGCUGCAGAAAUCCCAGGAGAAGCACAAGCAGGUGCUGGAGGAACGCAGCAGGCAGCUCACGGAAAGGUGCACCAGGGAGCAGGAGCAGGUCAUCCUGGCCAGGAUCCGGGCGGAGAAUCGCGAGCAGGAGCAGCAGAGGCACAAGGAGGCGCAGGCCCAGCUCACCCACAGGAAGAUCCAGCAGGCCGGCGAGUCCGCGGGGGAGACGGUACGCCGCAAAGCGCAGGAAGCCAGGAGGGUCAACGCUGAGAAGAAACGCUCCCACCAGCUGCUGAUGCAGAAGGUGGAGGAGGAGGAGGAGUGGCACCGGCGGGGGCUGCAGGAGGGCAUCCACAAGAAGAACAGGAAGAGCGAGCGGAUCCUGCAGGAGAAGAAAGCUGUCAUCGAGGAGUCCCGCAAAGUGGCCCGCGCCUCCCUCCAGGUGAGGGAGAGUGUGAGGGAGCAGAUCAACAGCCGCUCAUUCGACCAGAUGGCACUCGAGGCCCAGCUCAGAGCCAGCCUGACCAAAAUCAAACUGUAGCACUGUGGAGGACACCUUCACAACCAGCACACCAAGCGUUAACCUCGUGUUUUUGUAUCUGUGAACUUCCUGGGGCAGCUGAAAAGGAGACUGCUUGCUGUUUUCUAACAUAACAGGUGUGGUUUAUGAAAUUCAUUGAAGGUGUGCCUCUUCUCUGUAUAGUGACUCUAACAGAGUAAUGCCACAGGCACAGCAUCAUACUUAGCCUCCCUAACGUUUCAAUUUUAUAAUCUAGUGGAAGUGUUUGAAUGUUGCCAGUUUGCAGUAUAAAGGGAUCUGUUUUUUUGUUGUUUUGUUCAACCCCCCCCCCCCCCCCCCCUUUUACCAACAGUGUUUGACAUGCCCAACACAAACUCUUAUAAAACAUAGAUUCAGAAUACUACAAGGGUGACGUAAUACAAGGCUUUCUGUUUUCUGUCAGUACUGAAGGAACAGGUUGCAGGUGACAUGUUCAUGAAGUUCUUCCAAUCAAUUUCAUUUUGUUGAGAGAAAACACGUCUGUAAAGCGAACACUGUUUCCACAAGGCAAAAAAAUAAAAUGAGUCAAACAAAAAAGUAAUACAAGUAUCACUAAGAUAUGAACACACUAAAUUGUGCAGCCUACAUACAUUCUUUAACAGUAUUUAUUAUUUAUUAUUAUGCUGUGUAAAUAGCCUUGAUUAACCUGUGUGGGCAUGUCGUUUCAGGCUUACAGUUUCUACUUAAAAUCUUUAAUUAUGUCUUUAUAAUAAUGUUUUUUAUCCUGAAUCUUAUCAAUCGAUCACUGAUUUCCAAAGCUAUACAGUAAAACUUCAAAACCCAAGCUAAUUGGGACCAGGGGGUGUUCGGAUAAUCUAAUUGUUCUGAUAAUCAAUUUAAUGUUUUACAUGAUACAAAAAAUAUAUAAUUCACCAUUUUACCUGUAAAUAUAUAAACUACAGAACUGCACUGUUCUGUAAAUACCCGAAAUUCAGGGCUGCAUUUCCUUUGCAAGCAGGGCAGAAGAGGACAGCACACAAGACAGGAUAACAAGGGGCUGUUCAUAUAAUAGAGGUGUUUGGAUAAGCAGGGUUCUAAAGUUUUACUGUACUAGUGUGCAGAGACUUUUCCAUAUGACCUGUGGCUUGCAUGAACGUUUAGUCAUGUUGAUAUUUGAAUAUGUUUUUCACUGACAAGUACAAGUCCCACUUUUUGAAAACCAAUGAAACAUGACAUUGCUGUUAUUCUGUUUUCUAAUGGACAGUAACAGGUUCCAUUGACACUGCUCCGAGGGGGCUGACUGGAGUGAAAGCCCAGUUCUGUGCCUCUCACUUACAAAACCGAAUGGCUUGACGUACCAUGUACUUACAUUGGCGACUUCAAUGGUUUGAUGCUUGUUCAUAGCUCUUGUCUGUAGAAUCAUGCUUGAAAAGUGGCUCUGAAGUAUGUAUCUCUAGCAUUGUUAAAAUAGAUGCAGCCAAGCUGAUAUGUUGACACGUUGUAUUGGUAAUGAUGAAAUACUAAAAUAAUUCUGUACACUUUUCAAAGAAUUGGACACGUUUGUGCUCGAUAUCAACUUGGUUGUUCACUGUGUGUUUUAGUACCACUUUUUUUGGUAAGAAACAUUUGACCUUAUUGCUACUGUAAUUAACCUCAAUUGUUUCUAGUUUCCCUUCCUUAACACCUUGUCUAGUGUAAAACUCUAAUUGUCAUUGACAGCAGUAGGGCAUGAUGGGCUGUCGCUGUGUUAAUUGCUAUUCUACUCAUGCACUUUUAGCUCCCUGCCUGCACAGACCUAUAUUAAACUCUGACCCCAAACAACUUUGCAUGCCAGCAGAAACUAGUGUGUCACUUUUAAGCUUCCUACAGCUUAACCUGGGGCAUAACUAGUGGCUAUUAAACAACAGUCCUCUUGCAUCAGAAUCUGCAAUCUUUUAUAGUGCAUUGUGGGUAUGGUUUUAUCAUGUCCUACUUCAGCAUUAUCGAAGAGAGCACAGCUUACUGACAUUUACUGCUCCUAAUGGGGUGGAUGGAGCUAGAGUAGUUUAAAAGCAGUGCUCUCAGUUUAAUUUCUGACAGGUAUUGGUACUAAAGAGGUGUUUCCGCCUGAGAUUAAGCUAAGGCGUUUCAGUUUUAGAUAGCAAGUCCUGAUGAACCACACAAGAUUUUCUGUAUGGAAAAUAAUCUAGCAGACUCUGACCACUUCAACUGGACGGCAUAUACUGAGUGUCUGUGUCACAUUGAUUGAAUAAAUGUUUGUAAGGAUGUUUUACUGUACUAUCUAUGUGUGAUACCCUGUUUUUAAAGUUUGAGUGCUUUCUUUUCAAAAACAUACAUACUGUUUUGUUUUACUUGUAAUUGUAUAUUUUGUGUGUGUGUGUUUUUUUCUUAAAAAUUUAUUUAAAAAAAUAAAUAAAUAAAGUUUAUUUUAA